AUGGCUAUUACAGAUAUGCUGAACCGCCGAGUGCGGGCUCGGCCUGAUGAUGAAGACGAUGUGUACUCGGAGCAGUCCAAUAUGGGUGACGAGCCUUCCCAGGACGAGGCCGAGGAGGAAGAAGAGGAUUCUGAUGCCGAUCUGCAAGCCGGUGAUGUACGUACGAGUCUGCGAAUGACAGAAAGCUCAAUCACUAACGAAGACUACCUGCUAAAGUCGCAAGAUGAAGGAUCAGAGGAUGAUGACUCAAACCAAGAUUCAGACGAGGAUAACGACAAUGCCUCAGCCUUCUCAGAAGAAGAAGAGGACUCCGAUGCAAACGACGACAUCCAAGCAUCCCUAAGCAACAUCUCCUUCGGCGCCCUAGCCAAAGCCCAAGCCAGCAUGGGCCCCAAGAAAACCAAGACAAAAGCCACCAAAUCCACCCCCGAAACGACCUCAACCGCCUCCCCACUCGACGACAUCCGCGCCCAAAUCCGCGCCGCCCGUGAACAAAAGCGCGAAGCCGCAGCCGCAGCCUUGGCCAAAGACAGCACCUCGAAAGAAAAGAAAGCAGCGCGGGCCUCCAAACACGCACCAAUGGUACAAUCCUCUAAAUACGCCGUCUCCCGGAAACGCGUCAUCGUCGAACCACCAGCAACCGCCAAAGCGCGCGACCCCCGCUUCGACGCAGCAGUCAUGGGCCACAGCGGCAAGGGACUGAACUCCAAGGCCUCGGAAAAGAACUACGCCUUCCUAGAAGAAUACCGGGCCUCGGAACUGCGCGAUCUAAAGCGACAAAUGGCGCAGACGAAGAACCCCGAAGCCAAAGAAGCGCUGAAGCGACAGAUCCGGUCAGCGACGGAUCAGCAGAAGGCGAGGGAAAACCGGAAGCGGGAGGAGGCUGUUAUUUCGGAGCAUAAGAAGAAGGAGAAAGAGGCUAUUCGGGAUGGAAAGAAGAGUACGCCGUACUACUUGAAGAAGUCUGAUUUGAAGAAGCAGGUUAUGCAGAAGAAGUAUGAGGAGAUGGGAUCGCGGGAUCGGGCUAAGGCGUUGGAGCGGAGGAGGAAGAAGAUUGCUUCAAAGGAGAGGAAGGAUAUGCCUAUGGAGAGACGGGGAUGGGAGGGGAUGGGUGGUGGUGGUGAGCCUCCUGCGAGAGGUGGCGGUGGGAAGAGGAGACGACUUGAGUAG